AGUCGGAACCAAGUCUCCCCGGUCGUGCCGUCCAGCCGACGAUUACGGGUUUCUCUCAGUGGGACCCACUCUCUACUUCUUUUCACCUUCCUCGUCACUUUUUUUAUUUUUAAACACCACUUCUCCUUUCCUUUCUUCCUCUGUUUCUCACUGUUGCCUCCAAUGGCGUCCUCCUCCGCCACCGGAUCAGAAGCCCACUACAGGGGCGUCAGGAAGCGGCCGUGGGGCCGCUACGCUGCCGAGAUCCGCGACCCGUGGAAGAAGACCCGCGUCUGGCUCGGCACCUUCGACACCCCGGAAGAAGCCGCCCUCGCCUACGACGGCGCCGCCCGCUCCCUCCGGGGAACCAAAGCCAAGACCAACUUCCCCUCUUCCCCUUACCCCGCCGCCGCCUCUUCCUCCUCCAUGACAUCCAUCUCCGCCGCCGCCCUUCCUUCCACCAGCCUGUCACUAGAUCUCAACUCCACCAACAACCAGCACCACUUCAUCCACCAGCACCGCCGCUGGACCACCGCCAUCUCCGCCGGCCCCCGCUUCUCCGUUGGCCAGUUCCUCAAGACCGGCGUCCUCAAGGAGAUCGCCGCCGAGAAACCCGUCACCGUCGCGGCACCUCAUGCGGCGGGGAUCAACCCCGCCGCUCCUCCACCGUCGGUUUUGGGGAUCGUGAGGAGGCGCGGCCUGCCUGUCGAUUUGAACGAGCCUCCGCCUUUGUGGCUGUGAAUUUUUGUUCGGUGGGCUGCGGUAACUAAUUAAUUAAUGUAAUUUUUUUUCUCUUUUUGACUGGUUUAGGCUUUUUGACUUUACCCUUGCUUUUUUAACCUAAGUGCCCGCCUCUCCGUCUGUCUCUUUAUUAGGUUUUUACUUUUUACCUUUACGGUGUAAAUUAUUAUUGUUAUGAGGUUAAGUUAAGCUUUCAGUUAGUACGUGAUUAUCCGCCGUCGAUUCAGGGGUUUCUUUUUUGUCAUUGUUUGCACCGGCUAUUUGGCGCCGCCCCGUUGAUUCCCAGACAGGGAGUUGCCGAAAGUUCGGCGGCCACGCGCUGGACACGUGAGGGUCGGCGAUGAGUAAACUGUACUUAUUGGC